GAGAAUAUGGGUCGUGUGUGUGGCGUCGUAGUUGUUACUGGUGCGAAUCGAGGCGUUGGUCUGGAGCUUACUAGAACGCUUCUACUGAAUGAUGCCGUCUCAAGGGUAUACGCCGGCUGCCGGAAUAGUGAACGAGCUGAGAGGCACGAGAAGAAGAUCGAGUGGCACGAGAAGAAGGAGUGA